AUGGGGCCGUCGAUGGAGGAGGAUUACAGGAUGCAGGACGCCACCUUUUGCAGCUGCUUCCAUGUGUUCAUGGCGCAAAUAAUCGCCGUCAUCAACAACAACAAAAACAAGAUGGCAGGACAGGAUCAGGACGACAGGAUUGGAUCCCGAGAAGUGGCGGGGUGGGGCUAUGAGGGGUGCAAAGAUGAGUUGAGAGACGUUGACGCUGACGCCAUUAGCACCGAGUUUUGCUGCAUCAACGACAAACUUUAA